AUGCCGACUUUUACAGCAGCAGAUACGAUUAGGAUACUUAUUGCCACGGACAGUCAUGUAGGAUACGCAGAGAAUGAUGCUGUGCGCAAGGAUGACAGUUGGAGAAGUUUCGAUGAAGUUAUGCGCCUAGCAAAAGAUCGAGAUGUAGAUAUGGUUCUACUCGCCGGUGAUCUCUUCCAUUACAGUCAACCUUCUCGUAAAGCCAUGUACCAAGUCAUGCGAUCACUGCGAAUGAAUUGCCUUGGAGAAAAACCAUGCGAGUUGGAGUUACUGAGCGAUGCAAAUGAUAUUUUUGACGGAUCAUUCAAUCAUGUCAAUUAUGAGGAUCCAGAUAUAAAUGUUGCAAUACCGGUUUUCUCUAUUCAUGGAAAUCAUGACGAUCCCGCUGGAGAUGGGAAUUAUUGUGCUUUGGAUUUACUACAAGCUUCCGGAUUGGUCAAUUACUUUGGUCGAACACCUGAAGCUGAUCGUAUCCAAAUCAAGCCAGUACUUCUACAGAAAGGUCAAACAAAAUUGGCUUUAUAUGGCAUGAGUAAUGUGAGAGAUGAGCGUCUUUAUCGUACAUUCAGAGAUGGUCAUGUUAAAUGGUUCAAACCAGGAGUACAAAAAAAGGAUUGGUUCAAUAUCAUGGCAGUUCAUCAAAAUCACCACGCUCACACUGAUACUUCAUAUUUGCCGGAAAACUUUCUUCCUGAUUUCUUAGAUUUGGUUGUCUGGGGGCACGAGCAUGAAUGUCUUAUUGAUCCGACUUACAAUCCCGAAAAAUGCUUUCACGUCAUGCAACCAGGAUCAUCGGUAGCAACAUCUUUAGUACCUGGUGAAGCUGUUCCAAAACAUAUCGCUAUCGCCAGUAUCACCGGUCGAGAAUUCAAAAUCGAAAAGAUACGUCUCAAGUCUGUUAGGCCGUUUAUAACGAAAGAAGUCGUUCUCGCCACCGACAAGCGAACUAAACAUCUUGCCAAAGUUAAGGAUAAUCGCACUAAACUUACCAAAGAACUCAUGACCAUUGUGGAUGAGCUUAUAGACCAAGCACGCGCCGAAUGGAUUUCCCUUCAAGACGAGCCAGAAGAUGAACUCGAUGAAAUCCCUCUGCCUCUAGUUCGGUUAAAGGUCGAGUUUACUGCCCCAGAAGGCGGCAAAUUUGAUUGUGAAAAUCCACAACGGUUCUCUAGUCGUUUCAUCAACCGCGUUGCAAAUAUAAAAGACGUAAUUCAAUACCACCGCAAAAAAGCCAGCUCAACUCGUAAAUCCGCCACCGAAAUUGACCUCCCAGAAGAGGGAACUCUUGCCCAAGUUGCUGGGUUCGACGAUGUCAAAGUCGAGCUAUUGGUCAAGGAGUUCCUCGAGAAGCAAUCCCUUCAAGUCCUUCCCACCACCCCUUUCGGUGACGCCGUAGGUCAAUUCGUUGAUAAGGAUGAUCGCCACGCCAUGGAAAUCUUUGUACAAAAAUCCCUCAAAGCACAAGUUGAAGAACUAAUCAAACAAGCCAAUGGCGCUGACAACGAAGUUGGAGACGAAGAUGAAUAUCUGAAUGCUGCUAUGGAAAAGUUUCGCGCCCAGCAAGAAGCACUCGCGGCCCGAUCAGGAAACAAGUCUCACAAACCCGUCAAAAAACUCAAACCUAAACCCAGACCCGCAGAUUUCGACUCAGAUCUCGAUGGGGAAUGGGGUGAAAAAGUCGAACAUUGCGAGACUGAUCAUGGAGAAGAUAAUGAUGAUAGUGACGACGCACCACCUGCUCCUCCGCCCAAAAGUGGAAACGGAAAAACCAAAAGUGGAUUUAUAAUCAGCGACGACGAUUCCGAUGAUCCCUUCGCAGAAGCCGCAGAAGAAGACCCUAAACCCUCUACUAAAAAAACACCCGCUAAACGUGCCCCCGCCAAAAAACCCCCACCACCCAAAAAAGCCCCAGCUAAACCCACCACCACAAGAGGCAGAAAAAAGGCCCCAGAACCCGAACCAAGCGAUGACGAAGACGAAGAUGUAGAAAUGGAGGAAGCGCCCCCUCCUCCAAGUAAAACGAAGACUCAACCGAAGAGAGCGGCUGCUACGAGGGGAAGACAGACGCAGUUGAAUUUUUCGCAGGCGAGUGGGGCGAGUCAGGCGACGGGAAGAAAAAAACAGGUGCUGGAGUUGAGUGAUGAUGAGAUUAGUGAGGAUGGUGAUGAUGCUUUUGAACUGAUGAGUGUGCCUAGUUCGGGAAGGGGACGAAGGAGAUGA